CUUUUGCACCAUCACAUGGUCCUUAUCUUGAAUUGACGACGAGAACAGUCAGCCUAAACAUCUUUGAUAAGCCCACAUGGCAUCGAAAUGCGGGCACCAUGCUCAUUGGCUCAUGAAAAGCGUGCCAAUACCUCGAGUCGUGACGAUAGCAUCAUCUGAUAAGUCAACAUUCAAGACCCCGAGUUUCAAGAGCUCAGAACUUUUCGACGGAUGCUGGAAUCUCACGUCACAUCCGAAAUCAUUCCCUUGAUCACAACAAUACGCCUGCUCUUUACGAAGCAUCAAGAUGUUUCCAAAGCCCACCAUCACCUAUCUACCUUUGUCGAGCAUCUCUCGGUCUGAAAAUGAUGAAGCCAGUUACAUGUAUUCGAGACCAGCCAAAAGUCUCACAAAAUAUCAUUGGCUUGCGCACGGCGUAAGUUUAAGCAUGAUACUUGUGCUUCUUGCGCUUCGGAACCAAGUCGGCCAAGUCUCCUGGACUUCAUGCUGGAAUUUACACAACUACUACUCUCCCAUUGAUGAAGGUGUGGCUGCCAUUCCCUACAUCGAAACGCGCUUCAAUGGCUCUCUUUGGCACUUGUCUCCCUUCAAAGGCCCCCCAAGCCCGGAUACCAAGGCAGCCUGGCAUUCAGUCAUGGAAUACGGCAUGAUCGGGGUGGAAGCCUCCCAGAUUGAGGCCGUCGGCCACAAUCUCAGUACUGCAUCUCGCUUCACAAAUGCAGUCGGAGGAGGAUAUAUUGCGGUGGCUGUGGGGACGCAUCAGCUGCACUGCCUGCAUUACAUCUGGCAGGACCACCAUCAAUCAUAUUUCAAGGAAGUGCAGCAAAAGAUCAAGGAUAUCCCUGACAUGUACGAGCGUCACUAUGAACACUGCGUCGACUACAUUAGGCAGAGUCUCAUGUGCAACUUCGAUGCUACGCUCGUAACAUACGACUGGGUGCUUGACCAUCAAAAUCCCACUCCAAACUCAAACGCUAUGCACAAGUGCGUUGAUUGGGAUGGCGUCCAGGACUGGCUGAAGAGCAGGGUAGUCGAGAUACCUGAGGGGUUUAUCUGGUCCCAGCCCGAAGGGCAGGAGAGCUUACCGUGGAAUCCCUGAAAGAUAGCACCAUAUAUGUACCUAGGUAUGCAACUUAAAAAGCGACCACACAC